AUGGACGCCUCAGCGCCUGCAGACCCCUUCUGGGGCCCCCAAACAUCCUAUCUGAACUUUUGUGAAGAGGACUAUACAAUCACGCGAUAUAUUGCAGAGUUCAUUAACACACUGAGCAGUCUAGUUUUUGUGGUAUAUGGAGUAUACGGUUUGUUGCAACUUCGUAGCAAACAUGCAGAUAUUUCUCGCUGGGUUCCAUACUUUGGCUUGAUUGGUGUUGGACUUUGCUCCGCAGGCUACCAUAUGACUUUAAAAUACCAUACACAAAUGUCGGACGAGCUGUCUAUGCAUAUGCUACUCACGCCACUUUUGUUUCGCCUCCUAAGCUUCAAAGCUAGCCCGCGGCGAACCCGGUUGUUGGGAGCGGCUCUUUCAACCAUCUUCGUCGUUGUAAUGGUCAUUCAUAUGGUCAUGGAUGAGUUUCUCCUUCAUGCUACAUCUUUCGGUCUUGGGGUUUACCUCCUUGCAACUUAUUCGUUGAAGACAAUCCAGCAAAUCGUAGAUCCCCAGAUCAAGGCAACUCUUCGAAGCAUGGCCCUCUUUGGUUGCUUGAAUUUCAUAUUCGGGUAUUUUGUUUGGUUAAUUGAUAGAUGGGUCUGCAAUCUAUUGACAGAUGUGAAGCACUUUGUUGGAUUGCCAAUAGCAUUUCUCUUGGAGCUGCAUGGAUGGUGGCAUGUAUUUACGGCUUUUGGUGGUUAUAUCGCUGUCGUGGUUGUCGAUAAGAUAACGGCAAAUGAUGUUUCUGGAAAUCCCCUUGAAGGCCUCGCCUGGCCCAUUCCGCUUGCCCUGAGCUUUGUCAUGCCGGAUAUCACUGGGGUAGCAAAGCAAGACUAG